GUACGCGUAAACAAAAUCGCACAUUGCACGGCUGUCUACGGCGGAAAGUGCCGGUCGGCGCGUCUCUCGAACGUUUGCGUGAUUAAGGCACAGAACAUCAGCUGGGCGGCAUCUUUGUUGCAAAAGACAAACUGUCGUAAAGUCGGCCUCAACGUGAAUUAACAUGGCCUCCAAUGAGGAUGAGCCCUUUAUUGGCUGUGGUCGUGGUGGCCGUGGAGCACUGCUCCUUGCUGCCUUGCAGAAACAAACCAGGCGCCCUGGCUCUGAUGCAGCUGAAGAAGCUGCUCCCAAGGCUGAUAGCCCUGAUUCAGGCCGUGGAAGCAGUGCAUUAUCAUCGAGCCCAGAUUCAGGUAGAUCAAGCGGCACAUCACUGUCGCCCGCACUGGAGUCGCCUGGUGUGUCUCCUGUGCCGGUGGUGGGCCAUGCCACAUAUUCCGGGAGCAUGAUGGCACGCCAGCUGACCCCAAGCCCUUCAGAGCAAGCAGGAGCCAGAGCGGGGGCCCACUCGAUGACUGCCAGAGGUCGCAGUGUUAUGCACACACCACUUGUGAGGGGCAUGGCAGCUACUCUGUUGCCGCCAGGCGGGCAACAGAUGCCAGUUGCCACAGCGCAGCAACUACGAGCAGUCCCGCCACAAGCUGCGCCACCACAAGGUCGAGCUGCUGCGCCGCCGCCACAAGGUCGAGCUGCUGCGCCGCCGCCACCAGGUCGAGCUGCUGCACAACAAGCUGCGCCACCUCAAGCUCGAGCUCCGCCAUCGCAAGUUGUUGCACCAUCAACUUCUAUGGCUGCUCAAGCAAGUGUUGAGCCUCUGGCGGCUGAAAUGGCAGAACUGUGUGUCAAGCAGUACAGGGGAACCUCUGGCAAACCCGUCCCUCUGGAGGUGAACUAUGUUCGUCUAAACACCAAGCAAGGGAUGGGUGUGUUUGAGUACCACACUGACUAUGUGCCUGUUAUCGACUCUAAGCGCACGCGGUGCCAGCUGCUUAGCAGUGACCCAGUGCUGGCAGUUAUUGGCCGGACACGUGUCUUUGAUGGUAUGAAGCUCUACCUUCCACACCAGCUGCAACAGCAGGUAACAAGCAUAUCAACUGUACUGCCCUCGGAUGGCACUCGUGUGACAGUGAAUAUCAAGUUUGUGAAAAAGACACCACCAUUCGAGUGCCUGCACCUGUACAAUGUGCUUUUCAAAAAGGUGAUGCACUGCCUUCAGCUGACUCAGAUUGGCCGCAACUACUUUGACCGCAAGGGCGCUGUUGUGGUGCCUCACCAUAAGCUGGAGGUGUGGCCUGGCUAUGUACAGUCAGUGGCUGAAUAUGAAGGAGGGCUCCUGCUAAACUGUGAUGUGUCUUUUCGUGUCCUGCGCACCGUCACUGCUCGUGAAGUGCUGUUUGAUGUGUACAAUGCGUACCCAACUGACUACAAAGCCAGGGCUGUGCAUGCCAUUGUGGGUGGAAUUGUGAUGACACGGUACAAUUACCGCACAUACCGAGUGGAUGACAUUGCCUGGGACCUCAAGCCUACCUCCACUUUUACAUUCCACUCCGGAGAGGUCAUAAGCUACAUUGACUACUACAAGCGUAUCUACAACAUCGAGAUUCAGGACUUUGAUCAGCCACUGCUUUUGCACCGGGACAAGCCGAGGAAGGAUACACCGGAGUCCGAGGAGCCACGGUUGGUGUGCCUGGUGCCUGAACUCUGCACACUGACGGGCCUGACAGAUGAGAUGCGUGCUGAUUUCCGUGUCAUGAAGGACAUAGCAGGCCACACAAGAGUGAACCCGAAUCAGCGGCAGUUCUCCCUGACCCAGUAUGUGAAGAGAGUGCACGAUUGCGCAGAUGCUAUGAAGGUCCUUGGCGAAUGGGGCGUCACCCUGCAAUCCUGUGCCUUGAAUCUUGAAGGCCGGAUCUUGCCAGAGGAAAAAGUGGUGAUGAAGUCGAAGACUUACUACCACAACGGCACAGCAGACUGGGGCCGUCUUCUCUCGCAAGAUUCUGUGAUAACAGCUGUCAACCUUGAAAACUGGGUUGUGAUCUUCGCAAGGCGUGAUGGGGAGCGUACACGGGGAUUCACACAAAUGAUGAGCAAGGUGUGCCCCUCUAUGGGCAUUGGUAUGCGGGCACCACAGCUUCGUGAACUGCCCAAUGACAGCACUGAUUCAUAUGUUCGUGCCAUCAAGGACGUGAUUAGCAAAACGGUGCAGAUCAUUGUGAUCAUCUUUCCUACAUCACGAGAUGACCGGUACAGUGCAGUGAAGCGGUUGUGCUGUGUGGAGAUGCCUGUGCCAUCACAGGUCAUCAUUUCCAACACCAUUGGACAGCAGCAAAAGCUGCGUAGUGUCACACAGAAAGUUGCCCUGCAGAUCAACUGCAAGCUUGGCGGAGAACUUUGGGCGGUGGACAUUCCACUGCAAAAUGUGAUGGUGGUAGGUGUGGACGUGUACCAUGACAUCACUCGUGGCAGGCAGUCUGUGCUGGGUUUUGUGGCCAGCAUGAACCACAACAUGACACGCUGGUUCUCCAAGUGUGCCUUCCAGGACCCUGGCAAAGAGCUCGUCAACUCCCUCAAGGUGGCUUUCCUUGAGGCUCUGGCGAAGUUCUACGAGGUGAACCAUCGUCGUCCGGAUCGUAUCUUCCUCUAUCGUGAUGGUGUAGGUGAUGGGCAGCUCAAAUAUGUGAGCGAGUACGAGAUUGAGCAACUGACAAGUGCCUUCAGCUGCGUGAGCCCAGACUACAAUCCAUCUCUUGCUGUAGUGGUUGUCCAGAAGCGCAUCAACACCCGCAUCUUUGCCAGGCUGAAUGCGAAAGAAGUGGACAACCCAAUGCCUGGGACAGUCGUGGACCAUACAGUCACACGGACAGACUGGUGCGACUUCUUCCUGGUGUCUCAGAAGGUGCGGCAGGGAACAGUGACUCCUACACACUAUGUCGUGUUGCGGAACACAACUGGAUUGUCACCUGACCAGAUACAGCGGCUUACUUACAAGCUCACACACUUGUACUACAACUGGCCUGGUUGUGUCCGUGUGCCUGCUCCGUGCCAGUACGCCCACAAGUUGGCCAACCUGGUUGGUGAUAACAUCCACAAGGAACCGAGUCCACUGCUCUGUGACCGCCUCUUCUACUUGUGAAGGCCACAGUUUCAUGCCAACAUGACCAAGAGACCUGAGAGAGCAGCAGCCGCUGAACUCGCUACAUCACUGCCACGUUUUUCAGCUUUUGUGUUUUGUUCUGCAAUCACUUUCUUUACCCUUUCCCCAAAUAAGGCAAGAGUUUUGAAAAAUUGUUGCUAUCACUUUUUUUCUCCUCUGGUUAUUUUGUCUUUUAUAAAGGCAGCUUCCUAGUUUAUCAUCCUUUUUUUUUUCAUUGUUCACAGACUUCGAAGGUAUUUUAUUCUAUGUGCAUGAGAAAGUAUGCAAAAAUUAAGCUGCAUUUAUUUGUUUUAUGAAGCAUCAGUGUUGUAAUGUUUUCUUUUAUUGUUCAUCUUUUAACACAUACCUUUAAUCCUCAGCAUGGAUUGCCAGUAAUUUACUCAUGAAAAUUCCAACCAAUCUCAUACCAAAUGUGUGGCAAAAGUGCCUUACUAGUCACAAUUGUAUUUGUUGCAUGGUAGUCACUGACUUAAUUGUUACGAAGAUAGGGUGCUUGCGAGGAAUUGUGCAAAAGUCUAAUGCAAAAAAGGUGUGUGUUACUAUUCCAAAAACACAGUUGAAAGAAACAAUUGGGAAGCAUUACUUGCGUUAGAUUUGCCUCAGAGAAGCAUUGUGCUGCACAACGUGCAAUUAUUUGCUGUGGACAAUUGGACAUUUUCCAAAAACGUGUUUACCAUUGUACCCAGCAUUACAAAUUUUUUCCCUACAAGUCAAGUCUGCUUGUACAUAAAUAGCUUGGUGCAAAUAAAUCUAUUUGGUUACUA